ACAUAACUUAUCAAUUUAGAUAACGCCAUAUUUUUUACUUGCUAUAGAUUAAACACUAUGUUUAAAUAUCUUAAAUUUUAAAAAUUUGAGUUGUAAUCCAUAAAUGAUAAAAUGUGGGUGUUUGGAUAUAAGCUAGAAUGAAGACCUCAUAUAAAUGGCAAGCCUUGAAGAAUCUAUGUUCUCGAGUGACGAUGCGGGUUCCCAGCAUGUGAGUUCUCUGAAUAAGGACGAAGAAGGAUUUAUUAAACAUAUCCGGGAAUAUGACAAUUUUCGGUCCUUUAUUGACAAUGAUGAAUUGAAAGCGGAAAUAGAGACAGACUCUUUACGUGGCCUUAACAGAUACAUCAAAAUACACUUUAAAGAAUGGAAAGACAAAAAACUGGUUGUUGGAGUAACUGGACACACUGGCUCAGGAAAAUCUAGUCUGAUCAAUACACUGAGAGGAUUAAAAGCAAAGGACGAGGGUGCAGCUGCUGUAGGAGUCACGGAAACUACAAAAGAUAUUAAAUCAUACGUUUACCCGGGAAACGAUUCUAUCAUUCUCAGAGAUUUCCCAGGGGUUGGGACAAAAAACUUUCCAAAAGAAGAGUAUUUACAGAAAACCAAAAUUCUGGAUUCAAGCGUGGUGCUCAUUGUUAGCUGCACACGAUUCUCUGAAACUGAUUUGUGGAUAGCUGAGAAGGUAAUUGCCGUUCAACGAAAUGUUCUUUUCGUUCGAUCAAAAAUCGAUAUUGAUUUAGCUAACUCGGAAGCCGAUGAUCCAGAUAACUUCAGCGAAUAUACAUGCAUGGAAAAUAUCAAAACAGACAUUAAAGACAAUUUGAAAAGUUCUUAUCUAGAUCCACAAUUAUACUUUGAUGCCAUUUUUCUAGUAAGUUCUAGACAUAGAACAAAAUAUGACAUCCUAUCCCUGGAGAGAAAGGUGAUUAGUCUUCUUAGUAUGAAAACUGAAGCCAUCUGCCAUCUUUUGUUCAAACAAAUGGAGGAAGCCAUAAAUAAUAAAACAAAGACUAUUAAAAAAGAAUUCUUGGGAAGAAAGGUUGCGUCAGUAGUAACCGGCUUCUUACCAAUUCCAAAACUCGAAUCAACGAUUGACACGUACCAUGUUAAGAAAAUAAUCGAGGAAUGUGAAGUAAAAUAUUGUGUUGAUAGAGACUCUAUCACUGAAUUUGCUGGAGAAAUAAACAUGUCGGAGAGUGAAAUUCAAAGUCGAAUGAAAUCAUGUGAUGAAAGAGUGAGAGAUGAAAAUCAAUUAUAUACAGAAACGGAAGACAAAAAAUGGAUUUUUGUGCAGAAGUAUUCCAAGUAUACGUUUCCUGGCCUCGGCAUGCUUUUCUCCGCUUACAAGUCUCCUCGUACAAUGCAAGAAUGUCUAGACAAGAUUUGCGAUGUCAUGGCCGAUGACGAAUUGAUGUUGGUUAAACUUAGAUUGAGAAAACUUGAAAAAGAUCUAAAAAGUUAAAACACAAGACAAGACUUGCAAUGGCCCAAUUCAAGUUGAUAAUGAACAUAAAUUUAGAUAACUUGAAAAAUAUUUCACAGUGUCUAUUGCCGCGUGAUCAGGGUGUGUUGUGCUUGUUAAAAGUUCAUUGUAAAUUAAACAGAAAACAACAUUGAUUUUGACUGGCUGACUAAAAUACAAUUUUUACAAAAAUACAUAGCAUGCGUAAAGCAUUGCAAACGAAGUUUGUUAACAUCAUUUGGCGGUAAUCGUAUUCGUAGAACUGUAUUCGUAUUUAUUUGCGACAAUCACUAAGGAUUUAUGUCAUAUACGGAACGUCAAGUUGGGUAACUCAAGUGUUUCUUAAGGAUCUGACAUAGUUUGAUAAUCGAUGUGUUAAUGAGAUAAAACGGACACAAAGUAAUAGACAAUUAAGGAUUUUGUGGUAAACGUGAUAAAACUGUUUCACUUGGUUUUCGUUCGACAGAAAUUUAAUACACUUAAACGACUCAAUAGGUAAUGAUUUAUGUAUGCCAAAGAUGUAUUAAUGUGAGUUAAAUGUUGUUGAUUUUUUAUAAGUAUAUUUGUUACAGAUAAUGGAUAGAGUAAAUUUAAGUUUGCUCUUUUUUCAUUCAAAAUAUUUACAAUGCUUCAGAAUACACCUAUCCUAAGUUCACUAUGCAAAGAGAGGUUUUCUAUGGAAUCAAUUUUUAUUUACACUUAUCUGUUUCAAGUGUCAUCAAAGAAAAAAUUCGCGUUUCAUACUCGAAAUUAAAAACAAAUCACAAAAACAUCAACAAAAUAACGUUGCUACUUUAAUUGUGUAUUUACAUGGGGCAUGGCGUGUGAGUAUUAUAAUAUCGAAGUAUAUUUGAGAUUUAUAUUUAAAAAAUGUGAUAUAAUUUGUAGUUAUAAAUAAAUACUGUGACAUUUGGUUUCAACUGCUUACGAUAUUGGUAUGUGUAAGACCGCCAUAACGUCAUGAAAUUGAAAUGAAAAGACUAUGGUAUUAGAAUGAAUUGUUAAUGCACCGUUUACAAUACAAUACAAUAUGAGUCAGAUAAGAUUAUCCCACUAGCUUAUUAUCUAAGAUCAUAUCAGAAUUUUAUAUAAAUCAUUUUAUGUAUCGUAAAACGUGUAUUUGUGUUAAAAGUCUGUGAAAUAAAUAUUUAUUGUAUGAGUGUAGGUUAAUACUGAAUUUAUCGAACGAGUUGAAUAAAAUUAUAAAUCAAAAUGUUAU